GACAUCCCCAUCCUUGGCCAUCUCUUGAAGUAUUUCUUCGAAGACUUGAAGACCACGUUCUCAUGGCGCAAGGAUGUUGGCAUGCCGCCGGGCCACACCAAGGCGAUCCAUCCUAUCGGCUCGGUGGCCCUGGUGAAGCUGCUUUGGGAUGAGGCGGCUGUGAAGGAGGCUGGGUACACAGGCGUCUUCAAGACCAACCAG